AUGCGCCCUUCCCAACCCAUGCCCUACACCUUCCUCGGACACGCCACCCGCGACCUGAGCCUCGCCGGCUUCAUCGUGGCCGCGGCGCCGCACGCCCAGAAAAAGUGCGCCGCCGCCGGCUGCGGCGACGGCGUGACCGCGCACGUGCGCACGUUCCUGCACGCGGACGCGCGGGUGACGCUCAGCAUCGCCACUCUGCCGGCGGGCGAGGCGCUGCCCGGGGAGGAGCGGGGGCAGAUCUGGCUGUGGGUGCGGCCCAAGGGUGGCGUCGCGGAGGCGGCGGCGCGGCAAGUGCGGAGGCACGGCGCCGCCACGGCGGAGCUGCCGCCCUUCACCGCCUGCCCACCCAGCCCUGCAGGCCCCCUGGCCCCGCGCCCCCUCACCCACCCGCUGCCCCUAUCCCCCGAGGCCAGUUGCCUGUCCUUUGGCGCCUUCCUCCACGCCUGCUUCAACGCCACCGCCCUGGAGGCCGGCGGGCGCCCGCUGCACAGCGGUUUCGUGCGGUACUUUGGGCUGGGCCGCACGGUCAUGUGCCUCCACCAGGACCACAUCCACCCGAGCGACGUGGUGCUGCCCGGCGUGCCGCUGCGCUACUCACUCAACGCCCAGCUCAUGUGGCUCAAGCAGGAGGCCGCGGAGCUCUGCCAGGCGGCUUGGUGCCCCGGGAUUAUUCGGGACUGA